AGAAAAGUGUAGAGAGCAAGGGCUGUGUGUAGACCAAUAACGAUAAAGCUCUAGCAAGGCUUGAUUCUGUAACUGAGGUCCAGCAGGUGCCUUAGCCACCCAUGCAAGUCAGAGUCUCUACCAGGAACUGUGUUAAAAGGAUCACCCCUUAGAUUUAGUAAGGCUUUCUGUUAAACUUUAAACAAUGUGGCCCAUGUGAGACCUUAUCUAAAGCAGAAUAUAUGGACUGAGGCAUUCCUUCUAGGCUCUGCCCCACAGUUGCCUGGCAAUAGGAAUGUAGCCCGACUCACUAUAAAAGGGCUGUUUGAUCCUGCGUCACCCUCUCACUCACUCUCUUACCCUCUUACUCUCUUCCCUGUCUGUCCCUUCUCUCCUCAUUCCCCUCUCUCCUCUGUCUCACACGUUCAUGGCCUGCCUUUACUCCUCCUCUCCCCUCCCUUUCCCCUCUCCACUCUCCUCUCUUCUUUCUCUUCUCUGCUCUCUCCCCUUCCCAACUCGCUAAAUAACUCUAUUCUAUUCCUGUGGCUAGAACCUCAGGGGGAAGGGAUGCCUCAGCAUGGAUCCACAGAGGCAUCCUCCCCCCCACACACCAUACCACACCUCUUCCAAACAUAUUCCUGGUUGUUUCUUUUAAUAAAACACAAUAGAGUUCCCAUUUGAUUCUUACAAACUAGCCAUUUCCAGGAAUAGAAACUGAAACCUACUCUGACAAUAGCAUCCCCCCCUUGAGUGGUUUAGAUAAAUAGAGCUCAAAUCCAUGCGGAAAACUGAAAAGAGCAAGGGCUGUGUGUGGACCAGUAAGGACAACGAAACUCAGGGAGAUCAGACUGACCAUCCCACGGCCUCCUCCUUUCUUUGUGGAGUUCUUCUUGGGACACCAGAACUCUACACCUCACAUCUUAUCUUCAUAAACAUCCUGAAUCUGAAUUCCAGCUUUAGAUAAAGACCUUUCUUGAGAGAAGAACACUCACAGAAGUGAAGUUGCCACCAGAUCAAGGUCACCACUGCUGAGCUUCUUCCACACAGAGCCAUGGCUUGGGCCUCCAGCCUUAAUGCAUUCUUUAAGAAUUUUAAGAGGGAAAGCAAAAUCAUCCCCGAGGACACCAUCACCUUGAUUGAGGCUUAUGUAGCAAAAAAUAAGCUUCAGAACGCUGUUUCUGUAAUCGAAAAUGCACUGAAAAGCAUCGAGAGUGCUCCUCUGAACAUAGCUGUGACAGGGGAAACAGGCACAGGGAAAUCCACUUUCAUAAAUGCCCUGAGGGGAGUUGGGCAGGAAGAAGAAGGUGCAGCUCCCAAUGGAGUGGUAGAGACAACCAUGAGGAGAAUUGCAUACCCACAUGCAAAGCUUCAGAAGGUGACAAUAUGGGACCUGCCUGGCAUUGGGUCCACUAACUUUCCACCAGAAAGCUACCUAACAGAAAUGAAGUUCAACGAGUACGACUUCUUCAUUAUCAUCUCGUCUACACGCUUCAAAGAAAAUGAUGCACAACUGGCCAAAGCCAUUGAAAUGAUGGGGAUGAAUUUCUACUUUGUCAGAACCAAGAUAGACAAUGACUUAGGUAAUGAACAGAUGAGUAAGCCUAAGACUUUCAAUAAGGAGAAGGUCCUCAUGAAAAUUCGAGAUGACUGUUCAGAGCACCUUCAGGAGGCUCUCUUCCAUGAGCCUCCUGUCUUCCUAGUCUCUAACUUUCAUAUGUCAGACUAUGACUUCCCAAAGCUGGAAACCAAACUCCUAGAGGAUCUCCCAGCCCACAAGCGCCACAUCUUCUCCCUGUCUUUGCAAAGUCUUACUGAGGCCACCAUUAACUAUAAGAGAGAUUCCCUGAAGCAAAAAGUCUUCCUGGAGGCUGUAAGGGCUGGAACUUUGGCAUCCAUUCCAUUUGGAGGCAUGAUCAUGGGUGAGUUAGAGAAUCUAGAUGAAACAUUCAAUCUCUACAGGUCUUACUUUGGGCUGGAUGAUGCCUCACUGGAAAACUAUGCCAAAGAUUUUAACAUGUCUGUGAAUGACUUUAAGGUACACCUUCGGUUUCCCCAUUUGUUUGCAGAAGGCAAUGAUGAGUCCUUAGAAAACAAACUAUCAAAAUAUAUCAAACGAAUUUCUUUGGCAAUUGGUGGACCAGUCGCUACAGUCAUUUAUUAUAAGAGGGCUUACUAUUUGCAGAAUCUCUUUAUUGAUGCUGCAGCCAAUGAUGCCAUCGCUCUUCUGAAUAAGGGGCUUUUUGAGAAGGAGGUGGGAACAUAUAUACCUAUGCCCCUUGAAUACUGGGAUUAAUAGAAAAAAUAAGGCAUGAGUUCCAAUCAGAGUUUACUCAUAGCCUUGCUUUGGGCACUGACUCAUAGCCUACUCCUGGGUUUGGGGUGGGGGGAGUUUCUAUGGAGGGCCAAAGCAUUCAUCCUUUUCCUUUUCUUGAGCUUCAAGAUCACCAUGGCAAGUGCUCAAUCACACUGUACUAGUAGAAAAAGAAGCGUUUUCAACAUUGUACAAAUAUGCACACAAAGUUCAUUUCCAUUAAAAUCAUGUUUAAAAAAAUCACAAACACAAUA